AUGCCUCUUACCCAAGAUGCUCUGAAUUUGUAUACUGAGAGAUCAAAUUAUCAAACAAAAAUCCACAGAUCUGCUACCAAGCAGUGGAUUGAAGCACCACAUCUCCAUGGAAAAAGAGUUAGAAAAGACUUCGGCUUGUUUAAGGAAGAAAUUCUUAAUUCCUUCCAACAGACACAGCAGAUGAAGCUACAAAAAACUGUAGAGCUGUUUCACCAAAAACAGGGAGAAACAGAGACUGCUGUAGAUUUUCUCACAAGGAUGAGGAAACUAGGAAGGAACACAACGCCAGAUGACAAUAGCCUAAUUUGUGCCUGCAUCAAUGGACUCGGACCUGAAAUCCUGCCCUUCAUAAUACAAAAACAGGUACAGACAAUGGCUGAACUUCACCAAGCAGCAGCCUUGGUAGAAGAGGUUGACUUUCAACUGAAACACUUCCAGGAGUGCCACCACAACCACGAAGGCUUGACCCAGGCCAUGGAAGUUGAGGGUGCCUUUGUUUUAUACAGUCAUUCCAUGGAACUUUAUUGGUUACGCUACAAUCAAUUUGUAGGGGAUGGGGACAGCUCAGCCUUCCAGAGUGUCCAUUUACAGCAGCCCUAUGGUCCGGACAUUGAGAUUACUAAAGAAGAUUGCACAGGCCAUAUCCAGAAGAGAAUGAGCACUAGACUUUGGCCCUUAGUUGCCAGAAAUAAAGGUGCUUCUGAAAUCAACUGGUACCAGGGGAAGUUUGAUCUACAUGAAAUAACAGGUCAGGCCUAUGCUGAGAAACCACAGAAAGAUAUCCAUAGUUUUGUGGGAACCUUUCAGAGGAUGGAUGAUGGAGGGAAGUGUGAGGAUCCUCUGUCCAUAGAGAACACUCUGUGGGCUAACACUGUGGUGGCCUCAGGCACUGCCCUGGGACUGGUGGUCUACACAGGCUCUGAAACCAGGAGUGUCAUGAAUACCUCAGCACCUAAGAGCAAGGUAGGACUGUUGGACCUGGAGGUGAAUACACUGACCAAGGUGUUAUUUCUCUCUGUACUGGUGCUCUCUAUUGUAAUGAUGGUGAUAAAGGGUUUUCAAGGUCCAUGGUACAGAUAUAUGUUCAGAUUUGUUCUGCUGUUCUCUUACAUUAUCCCAAUCAGCUUGAGGGUCAACCUGGACAUGGGCAAGGUGGCCUACUCGUGGUUCAUACAGCGAGACAAAGAGGUCCCUGGUACCGUGGUACGCAGCACAACUAUACCAGAAGAACUAGGGAGGAUCACUUAUCUCUUGUCUGACAAGACUGGAACUCUCACACAGAAUGAAAUGGUAUUCAAGAGGUUACAUUUGGGCACAGUGUCUUUCAGCCCAGAGACCAUGGAUGAGGUCAUGGCACACCUAAAGACUGCCUUCUCUCAACAAGCUCCUCUUACGUCAAAGUCCUCCACUCUUCCCAAAGUAAGACGCACAGUGGUAACACGCGUGUACGAGGCCGUGAAAGCGCUGGCGCUGUGUCAUAACGUCACACCAGUCUAUGAAGAGACAGACACAGAAAACCAAGACACAGAGGCUGACCAGCAGUCAACACAGAAAGCUGUGUACCAGGCCUCUAGUCCAGAUGAGGUAGCCCUAGUCAGCUGGACAGAGAGUGUAGGUCUGGCACUGGUCAAGCGUGAUCUGACCUCCAUGCAGCUCAGUAUACCAAGUGGACGUCACGUGAGAUAUGAAAUCCUCCAAAUUUUCCCCUUCACAUCUGAAACCAAGAGAAUGGGCAUCAUAGUCAGGGAGGAGGAGACAGGAGAGAUCACCUUCUACAUGAAGGGUGCUGAUGUGGUCAUGAUCUCUAUUGUUCAGUAUAAUGACUGGCUGGAAGAAGAGUGUGGUAACAUGGCCAGGGAGGGGUUGAGAACUCUUGUGGUAGCAAAGAAGACACUGUCAGAGGACCAGUAUAAGGAUUUUGAAUCUAGAUACCACCAGGCUAAGCUAAGUGUCCAGGACAGGGCGACCAAGGUGGCAGCAGUGGUGGAGAGCCUGGAGAGAGACCUGGAGCUGUUGUGUCUGACAGGAGUGGAGGACAAACUCCAGGAUAAUGUCAGACCCACGCUGGAACUGCUCAGGAAUGCUGGGAUCAGGAUAUGGAUGCUGACAGGGGACAAGCUGGAGACAGCCACGUGUAUCGCCUCCAGCUCUCGCCUGGUGUCCAAGGUGCAGAGUAUCUACGUGUUCAGGAAUGUCUCCAGCAGGGAGGAGGCCCACCUGGAACUGAAUACAUUCAGGAAGAAAAGUGAUUCUGCUCUGGUUAUAAAAGGAGACUCACUAGAGAUAUGCCUCAAGUACUAUGAGCAUGAGUUUGUGGAGCUGGCUUGUCAGUGUCCUGCUGUUGUGGUGUGCAGGUGCUCUCCAACACAGAAAGCAGAAAUAGUCAAAUUGCUCAGACUUCACACCAAGAAGAGAACAUGUGCAAUAGGUGAUGGUGGCAAUGAUGUCAGUAUGAUACAGGCAGCAGAUGCUGGGAUAGGUAUUGUAGGGAAGGAGGGUAAGCAGGCUUCCCUAGCAGCAGAUUUUUCUAUCACACAGUUCAGUCAUGUGGCCAGGUUAUUGUUGGUGCACGGCAGAAACAGCUACAAGAGGUCAGCGUCGCUGAGCCAGUUUGUAAUCCACAGAGGUCUGAUCAUCUCCACCAUGCAAGCUAUCUUCUCCUCAGUCUUUUACUUUGCCUCCAUAGCUCUCUUCCCUGGCUUCCUGAUGGUUGGCUAUGCCACUAUCUACACCAUGUACCCAGUAUUCUCUCUGGUGUUAGAUAAAGAUGUAUCUGCAGAGAUAGCAAUGACCUACCCUGAACUGUAUAAAGAUCUCACUAAGGGGAGGUCGCUUUCCUUCAAAACUUUCUUCUUAUGGGUGCUGAUUAGUCUGUACCAAGGUGGUAUAAUCAUGUAUGGUGCAUUCCUGCUAUUUGAUGAAGACUUUAUCCAUGUGGUCUCCAUCACCUUCACAUCACUCAUCCUCACAGAAUUACUGAUGGUUGCCUUGACGAUACGGACCUGGCAUUGGCUGAUGGCAGUGGCGGAGAUCUUCAGUUUUGGCAUUUACGUUGCAUCUCUGGUGGUGCUCAAGAAUUUCUACUUUGAUGAAGACUUUCUGAAGAGCUGGGACUUUGUGUGGAAAGUUCUGGUGAUCACCUCUGUCAGUUGUAUUCCUCUCUACAUCCUCAAAUAUCUCAGGCGAAAGUUUUCACCCCCAAGUUACUCUAAGCUUCAGCCAUAAGAGACUGCAUCAUCAUCAUCAUCAUCA